AUGGUGUCCAUUGUCCCAGCAAUGUCAACUGAUCACACCCAUGAUAAUGUCAAGCAAACACAAAUUUCAAAAGAAAGUAUAUUUCUGAGGUACCUACUCAAAUUUUUUUCAGUAUAUGAACUGGAACCAUAAGAUAUUUUUUGUUCAACAUAAUGAUUUGUUUAUGUAGGUGAAGGCAUUCCUCAACAAUGAUGCGGCUGAAUAGUAUCCUUUAUAUUAGACAUUAACCCUUUAUGUGGCAAUGCGCCCUUCUUUAUUAUUUUACUCUGUUUAACGCCAGAUUAUUUUACUCUGUCUAACGCCAGAUGAUUUUACUCUGUCUAACGCCAGAUGAUUUUACUUGUCAUGGGGAGAGUGCUGCCACUCAAUGGGUUAAGCAGUAUUAUGCUCCCUACUUUGUUAUUUUAUUUUUAAAUGACAAUUUUCAAGGGGAAUCUAUUGGACACUAAUUGGUUAUAAAGUCUUUAACACUUUUGUCCAGCCCGGAUCUUGAGGUGAAGUACAUUGGUGGACUUGAUCCACGCAUGUUGUUUUUAGAAAAUGGAGAGGAGACAGAGGUCAGUUGGCAGAUUGACUGCAUUUAAUCCAAAUACAAUUCUUGUUAUUAUUGGAAGAGGAUGAUUUUAAAGAGAUUUUACAAUGUGUCUGCACAGAUUCAGGGGGUGCAAUUGUCCGGGUUUAAUUCACCUCCGGCUCUGGCCAAAAGAAGCUCCAGCUCCAACAGAGAAUUUCCAAUUCCGGCAAAUUUGUGAAAAUUCAAAAAUUUAAUGGAAAUUUCACAUUUCCAAGUAUUUGACAUUUCCAAGUGGAAGAACUAUCUUUGUUUUUUAUUUUAACACUUCGCAUGAACAUUUCGUACUAUGUUUGUGGCAGGCCUAUGCAAUAUCAAUGUUAGCAUUUACUUUUCCGUCGAUGUAUUCAGGUUUUUUUGCCGAUGUCUGACAUUAUUUUGCAGCACAAAUAAAGUGCUGCCGGAGUUGAACAAACUCCGGCUCCGGCAAAAUACCUGCCCCAGGCCAGUGUUACUACAGGAAGAAACCCAAUCUCGUUCCCCGAGCCUGCGAUCCUCGGGAAGGAACGCGAGGCUCUGGGAUAAUCCGUUUCAGGGAGGAAUCUGAUUGGCCGUUGAAAUGGAAUGCGCAGUUCAAUCUUAGCCAGAAUUCCUGGCUUCCAGCAACGGAUUAUCCCAGAGCCUCGCGUUCCUUCCCGAGGAUCGCAGGCUCGGGGAACGAGAUUGGAAGAAACCAGAGUACCUAAAGAAAACCUGUGUUUGGUAGAGUCAAACUGGAAGCACUUUUCUGAAUGUGCUUCGGCAAAAAAUCCCCAAUUUUUCCGAGGCAAAAAUAGGCCAAUUAUGAGAGCUGAUGAUUGAGAUGAAAUUAUAAUCAGACAACUGCAUAUUGCAGUAAUCAGACCUUGCUCACAGAGGGGAAAGACACAUUGUGCAUCAACCAGAAAGCUACGGAUUGAGAUGGAUUCAACUACCUGAAAAUACAAGCCAAACUUGAGUGAAGACCUUCAUCAAAAUGUUGAAGUUUUGCUUGUAUUUUCAGGUAACUGAAUCCAGGGACGCCGGAACUGGGGGGGGGGGCAAGAGGGGCAGCCGCCCCUGUUGCCCUUUACCAGGAAGGGCAAAGGUGCCCUUUCAAUUUAAAGGAUUGCCUUGGCGAAAUAGCAAAUUGUCAGAAAUGUUAGUGGAAUUCUUUUACGAAUUAAUGCUUCAGAAUGGCGUGGUUAUAUUUAUUUGCUCUUUGACUAAAAUGUUUAGCAGUAUUAUCGAUAAACAUGCCAUUUUUGAGAAUUUGGUUUGCAACCAUUGAAAACAUUAGGUCACGUCAGCUAGUUUCCUAUCCAUUUAUUUUAUUAUCCAUGCAUACACUAACCACUUUGCAUACACUAACCACUUUGUCUUCAACUUCUAGAGGGUAGCACUAGCAGAGAAAAGUAGAGUCGAGAUCAACGAGUUGUUGGUGUCACAUGGUUUGACUCGGCAAGUCGAGUCAAAUGAGAUGGAAGAGGAGACUGAGGACGCUCAGGAAGGAGAACAGACUGAGCCCGAGAAACCACACGAGAAAAUUGAAUUUUAA